AUGGCUCCCUCAGCUAUAGAACAACAAAUCCCAACCGAAAAGGCCAUCAUCAAACCAUGGAGCCGACCUGCACCUACUAAUGAGAAGCUUGAUUGGGCACCACUAGUUGAGAUCGAUCUUUCUCGUUUCGACGAACCCGGCGGUAAAGAAGAGCUCGCAAAGCAAUUGUACGAUGCUGUGACACGAGUCGGAUUUUGGGUAGUUGUCGGACACGGACUCGAUGACGAGCGCAUCCUCCGCCAGUUCAGUAUCGGAAAUGCAUUUUUCAAAGAGAACCUCGAGGAAAAGCGAAGCUUCGAAUGCAAUUUCGCCGAAGGCGAGUAUUUCGGCUACCGUGAAAACUCAAGGUGGAUUGGAGAAACGGGCGUGAAAGACAACAUAGAAAUGCUCAAUAUUCCCAAAGCUAUUCCAGAAUGGGAUGAUGUUCCCAAACACAGGAUCGUCCGUCAAAACUACGACGAGAUUGCCAGCUUCCAUCGAGAUCUUUUCGACAAGGUUGUCCGCAAGCUGUUUGUCUUGAUGGCGAUUAUCCUGGAAUUGCCGGAAGACCACCUAGUUCAGGCUCACGCCUAUGAUAAGCGUUCCGAUGACCACCUGCGAUACAUGAUCUACAACACGCGCACUCAAGAGGAAUGGGACAAGGCACAGGGAUAUACCAAGGGCGGUCACACGGACUUUGGCAGCUUGACGCUGCUCUUCUCGCAGCAUGUUGCGGGUUUGCAGAUCCGGACAUCGGAUGGGGAAUGGAAAUACGUGAAGCCUGUGGAAGGGGGGAUUACAUGCAAUAUUGCUGACACGUUAUCGUUCCUUACCAAUGGCAAGUGCUCCUAUCAGGUGACAGGUUUCCUCAAAUCGACGAUUCAUCGUGUCGUUACACCUCCCAGAGAUCAGAUCGAUAUCCCCCGCCUUGGGUUGCUCUAUUUCUGUAGACCGGGUGAUGACACCGUGAUGAGAACUGUGCCCUCGCCUUUGCUUGAACGUCUUGGUCUUCUAACCGAAGAAGACAAAAGCCAAAGCAAGCCUGCUCCUACGGGGACUGAGUAUGUUCGAGCUCGGGUGCGGGAUGUUCAUCAUAAAACUGUGAUUGAUCGUCGGGAGAACACUUCGUUUGAGUUCAAAGGACUGAAAGUGCCCAACUAUUAUAAGUGA